AUGUCCCCAAACAAGGCUCUGGAAGGUGGCUUUUCUGACUCGCUCACCCACGUUCAGACCGAGACAGGUGAGGGUCAGAUUGUCGCAGCUCCCCGCAAGAACUUCAACACGCUCUCGACGCUAUCACUGGCAACCUCGUUGAUGGCAACAUGGGAAGCUUUGUGCAGUACCAUGGGGGCGGGCCUCGUCAGUGGUGGUCCUGUCUCUCUUGUUUAUGGUUUCAUCGUUGCCGUCAUUGGCAAUCUCGCCACAGCAAUCUCCUUGUCCGAACCAGCUUCGAUGUAUCCCGGAGCUGGCGGCCAAUACCAAUUCAUUGGCGAACUUAGCUCCCCUGAGUCCAGAGCAGUCCUGAGCUUUUUCUCUGGAUGGAUUACCCUCCUGGGCUGGGUUGCUUUAACGGCAAGCGCACCCUACGCAGUCGGAAAUCUCGUCCAAGGUUUGAUUGGCUUGAACAACCCGGACUAUCAACCUGAACGAUACCGAACUACCUUGAUUUAUAUCGCCGUCCUGACACUUUCGUUUUGCCUCAACCAAUGGGGGAGCAGGGUCUUGCCCUUGCUCGAAAAUAUGAUCAUGUUCUUCCAUAUUCUGUUUUUCUUCGUCAUGAUCAUUGUCAUCGCUGUAAUCCCGCCGGAUCGACACUCUGCAGCGUUCGUGUUCGCCAAAUUUCAGAACAACACGGGUUGGGAGAACGACGGUGUGGCGUGGUGCCUCGGAAUGUUGACCUCUGCUUAUAUCCUAGUUGGCUAUGACUCUGCAACUCAUAUCUCAGAGGAGCUGCAUAACCCGAGGGUUGGGGUGCCCCGUGCUAUGAUUGGUUCCAUCCUCAUCAAUGGAGUCAUGGGAUUCGCUAUUCUCAUUGGCAUCUUGUUUGGAAUGGGAGAUAUCGACGCCGCUCUUUCCUCAAAUACUGGCUUCCCCAUCAUCGAAAUCUUCUAUCACAUGACCAGGGGUAACGCUGCCGCUGCCAGCGCGAUGGCGAGCACAAUCAUAGUCUCCGCGUCAUUGGCAACUGUCGGCCUCAGCGCUGCGGCAACUCGGACUCUAUGGGCAUUCGCACGGGACAAAGGGCCUCCGGCUUCGGGUUGGCUGUCUCGGUUGAAUGAAAGAAGUCGCAUUCCCACAAACGCUUUAGUCUUGAUCACAGUGGUUCUGGCGUUAUUGGGACUGCUCAACAUCGCAUCCACAGCGGCAUUUGGUGCAAUUCUGUCUCUCACGGUUGUGGCAUUGAAUCUCUCUUAUCUCUUCCCGGUGGUAGCGAUGCUGUAUCGACGCGUCCGAACCCCCAGUGUCUUGGCUUGGGGCCCUUGGAGGAUGUCCAACGCAGCUGGGAUGAUUGCCAACAUUAUUUCGAUUUGCUGGAUAGUAUUCGUUACGGUGUUUCUCCUUCUGCCUGCUAUGAAGCCAGUUACAGCACUCAACAUGAACUAUGCUAGCGCCGUGCUAGGUGGUGUCAUCAUUUUUGCCACCAUUGAUUGGCUUGUUCGCGGACGAAAACAUUACAAGGGCCCUUUGAAGCACGAAUGA